UGGCUGCUCUGGUCGCUUGAGAGAGGAUUUCUUUCAGAGGAUCCUUCAGUGACACAGCUGACAAAUGCUAGCCAAGGCACCUUGAAUGAAUUUAAUCCUUUCUCUGAGAACUCCCGGCUGACAAAUGGAGCUCAGACGGUUCCAGCGACGCAACCCACUGGCCCUUCCCAGCCUGCCGUCCUUCAGCCAUCGGUGGAACCCACUCCACAGCUGCUGCUUAGACAGGCCAGCAAGUACCAGCCGCCCAGGUUCAUCUCAACGAGCAAGAAUUCAGAGAGACAGAGGCUGCUAGGAGAAGAUUUCAGGUCUCAGAGUAGCAACAAGGCUGUAGCUUCAGCUGCCCAGGCUGGACUCCUUCAGCAGCAGGAGGAGCUGGAGAGGAAAGCAGCGGAGCUGGAGAGGAAGGAGCGGGAGUUGCAGAAUAAUGCAGCAGCUUUUAACCCGAGACAGAACAAUUGGCCACCCUUUCCCAGAAAGUGUCCAAUCAAGCCGUGUUUCUAUCAGGACUUCUCUGCAGACAUCCCAGCUGAUUACCAGCGAAUAUGCAAGAUGCUGUAUUACUUGUGGAUGCUUCACUCCGUUACCCUGCUUCUAAACCUGCUGGCUUGCCUGGCAUGGUUCACCGUCCACUCAGGAAGAGGAGUAGACUUCGGUCUCUCAAUCCUGUGGUUUAUUUUGUUCACCCCUUGUGCUUUUCUUUGUUGGUAUCGCCCCAUCUACAAGGCUUUCAGGUCUGACAGCUCCUUCAGCUUCUUUGUGUUCUUCUUCGUCUUUUUCUGCCAAAUUGCAAUCUAUCCUGGCUGGGGGGACAGUGGCUGGAUUGCAGCGCUGGACGAGACACGCAUAAGCUGGCCCGUGUCCAUAAUCAUGAUGGUGGUUGCUGCUUUCUUCACGCUGUGCGCUGUCCUCUCGCUCAUCCUCCUCAAGCAGGUGCACUCUCUCUAUCGCCGGACAGGAGCCAGUUUCCAGAGGGCUCAGGAAGAGUUCUCCCAAGGGAUCCUCACCAACAGGAACUUCCAGAACGCAGCCGCUGGGGCUGCUUCUUCAGCUGCACAGGGCGCUUUCCGGGGAAACUAACGCUUUCCGUGGAUACCUUGCCCCUUCCCUUCCCCUUCCAGCACGACCUGAUCUUAAGAUGCACUUUUCCACGGGCACCAUGCUAACUCCGUGAUGCCGGCUGCGGCGCUAAGAAGAGGGGUCUCUAGCUUCCGGUCGUCUGCAUUUCUGGCAACCCAGUUCUUUCUCUGCUUUGGGGUGGGGGGCAAGGGAAAUAUUCUUGUAUCAAAUAUAGCUCUCCUUGUCCAGGACACGUUCAACCUUCCUUGUACUACCUCUCCUGCUUGCCCGUGCUACAGGGAUCGACCAGGGAAUCUCUUCGCUCUUUAGUAGCUCUUCCAAGGGGCUUUGUGCUGACGGAUUUACUUUGUUACUUUCAGGAAGUGGGUGUCAGCAAGGGAGGAAGUUGCCCUUUGAAACAGCGAUGCUAAUGCUUGACCUCUUACUGCCUGGCUGCCACGGGGUCUGAUUAACAGGGCAUAAAGGGUGCUGGUGGGAAACUGCUCUUUCUCAUCCCUCCGUGGUGCAAAACGCCCUCCCGCUUCUGUUUUUUCUCACCUUGGGGUGAGGGUCUGCCCCAAGAUUGUACCAUGGAAUCGGAUUCCUGUAGCUCCCUGGGGACGCAUGGAGGGUUAAUCAAUGGAGUGUAGCUUUCACCAUAGCCUUAAAUCUUGGGGGGGAUAAUCUCUGGACUUUACCAGCUCCUCUGUAGCAGCAUUUGAGAGGCCAGCAGGAUCAUGGGGGACCCUGCAGGGAUGGGGAUGGGAUUAGGAAGCGGCGGAGGAGAUGGAGCCAGCAAACGAGCUCUGAGGGGAAAUGCUCUAGACUUCAUGCAGCUUGCUCAGCCCCUGAUGAGUACGGUGCCGGGCUCUGAACACUACGUCUGCCUGCAGCUGGCCAUUCCUCUUCCCUGCCCAGCUUGCUCUCCCCAUGUGAGGAUCGUCCCACGGAGCUUUUGAUUCCUGGGGGGAACGUGGACUUUCUCCAGGGGGAUUCGUACCUUUCUCGAGAGAGACCCCAGUCUUGGUUCCUUUUUGAAAGCGGCAUCUGUGCAAAACCCUCGCGGGGCUGUUGCUGGAAGCAUGUGCCACCUUAUCUGGACUGCAUGGCCCUUCUGAGAGUGCCUCCCCUCUACUCUGUCUCGCUUCAGAUCACACGUCUGGCUUCAUGGUGGCCGCGUGUGGCUGAGUUUUGAUAAGCAUCCACAUGUCUGUUUUGGUGACAGUUCCUUGUGUUUGACCUUGAGUGGAUAACCCCUGAGGUGUCCUUGCGAGUGGAUGGAAGUGGGGAUGAGACUGUUUUUCUUUAGAUUUGUUACUUUUGCGGUGAAAAAAGUUCCCACUCUUCAUCAGUUUUAUCCCCUCCUUCUCUUGUUGGGUCUUGAAUCUUCACUCUUCUGGUCUAGUAGGAAAAAGUGCAUGGGGAGGGUCACUUUUCCACCAGCAGGCUGAAAGGGACUGGGCAAGAGAGAGGAACUCUGGGAAAGAGAGCGUGAAAAUAAUGGUGUGAGUGUUUGCAACUUACUUCUCGAUGAGGGCAUCGGCUGUGGAAAGCCCCAACUCCGCCUCGAUGCCUCUUUUCAGAGGCAGCAAACACUUCAGGGCUUGAUAAUUCCUCUGACAGCUCCUGGACUGAAGUGUGUUCCAAGUAAUUAUUCCAUCCGUCUAGAGAGGAGAAACCCAGCCUCCAGCAACCUGAGAUGGGUGUUCUGCUCUGUGUCUGUCAUUGGCACCCAGGCCAAGAGAAUUCUCCCCUUUCUGCAGAGGGAUUGCGUGGAGUUGGGGCGGAUGAGAGAGAGAGACGCUGUGGAAUUGGGACCCAUGGCAUGUGCUUACAGUGGUGUUUCAUCUGGGUAACCAAUCCCAACAGCUAACUCAUCCCUCCCAAUUAUGGGCCCGAUCCACUGAUUGGUGGACUCUGAGGACGAUGAAGGGCAGGGGAAAAACUGGGCGGAGCCAAGUGCUUGAUACCUUUGUGACCCAGGGAGGGUUGGUUUCCACUGUAGCUCUGCUUUCCGGUUGUUAUAUGAAAAGGUGACUGGGUCGUCCUUAACCAUCCCACCCUUCAAGCAUAAGAGCCAACCGGCUCUGCCUGAGCUGAUCAAGUCUCUCUCUUUGGAAUGUACUCGAGGAUGGAAAAAUGAGACUUUAACGUCCCCCCUUCUGAUGUAUUUCCUCUAAUCUUUUUGUGUAAAAAUGUAUAUGUCAAGUCACACUUUUGUGCUUAAAUAAAAAACAAAAUAACCCUCCCG